UGAAGGAAGAAUCAGCGGAACCUGGGAGGUCAAUUUCUCCGACUUCGACGAGACAGAGGAUCCUUGCAACGAGAAAUCCAUCGCCUUUCUCAAGCGUAACGGGCUCGAUUUCCAGAGAAUCAGAGAGGAAGGGGUUGGUAUCAAAGAUUUCUUCACAGAGUUUACUCAGAUGAUUAAAGAUGAAGAUAAGAAGAUGAAUUGGGUUACUUUCGAUGGAUCGUAUGACUUAGGUUAUAUAAUUCAAUGCAUGACCGGACGAGAAAGUCUUCCCGACACAUCACAAGGGUUUCAAGAAACGGUUCAGAAACUUUUAGGGCUAACUUUCGAU